CACUGGAGGAAUUGCCCUCAGCUCUCGCAGCCCUGCAGCUGACAGCAAGGCUGCCAUCCAGCUCCUAUAGCAAGAAAUCUGCACCCCAGAAGUCCUGCAGAGAUGGGCAAAAUCAUCAUUUAUGAGCAUGCCAACUUCAAGGGCCUGUCCAGAGAAUUCACCACUGACAUUUCCAAUCUAAAAGAUGUAGAUUGGAAUGAUAUUGUCUCCUCAGUGAAAGUAAUUGGCCAGCCUUGGGUGGCUUAUGAGCAUGUUGAUUACCAGGGUGGGUUUCUGGUGUUUGAGGAGGGAGAAUAUAGCUUUGUAGGUAAAGAGAUGAAUGACAGGAUCAGCUCUCUGCAGGUGAUCACUGAAAGUCUGUACAAUCCCCAGAUCACUCUCUAUGAACACAUUAAUUAUCAAGGGAAGAGCAGAAUAAUAAGAGAAGCAACCAACCUGGCUGCAGGGUAUGACAAUGACAUCAUUUCUUCCCACAAAGUCCAGAGAGGUGCCUGGCUGCUGUGUGAGCACAGCGAUGGAAGUGGAUUUCAAUACCUUGCCCGAGAGCACGAGCACUUUCCAAAUUACAAGGCAAUCGAUUUCAACGACAAGCUUUCCUUCCUGCGCCCCCUGCGCCCUGGCUGUGGCAAUUGUUAG